AGCGGCGGUGUACCAUCUUGUCACCGUGUCAUCUUGGUGACGUCCAACAGCUGGGUGGAACUCGGACUCAAUAACUUGCUUGUGUGACGUUUUUCCAAAGGCAUGGAAGUCGGCUUGUGAAAUAAGCCCGUCGUCGUAUUUCCAAAGUUGACCAACCUGCGACGUCCUGUCAUGGAUUUUAAUGUCAAGCGCUUGGCCGCCGACGCCGGCACUUUCCUGAGUCGGGCCGUGCAAUUCACAGAGGAGAAGCUCGGCCAGGCGGAGAAGACCGAGUUGGAUGCCCACUUGGAGAAUCUGUUGGUCAGAGCCGAGAACACCAAGCAAUGGACAGAGAAGAUCAUGAAGCAGACCGAAGUCCUUCUACAGCCCAACCCAAAUGUGCGACUGGAGGAAUUUGUGUAUGAGAAACUGGAAAAAAAGGCCCCGACACGCAUGAACAACCAUGAACUGUUAGGCGAGUCCAUGAUUGACUCAGGAAGUGAAUUUGGUCCUGGAACCGCUUACGGAAAUGCUUUGAUAAAAUGCGGCGAGACUCAGAAGCAGAUUGGCGGGGCGGAGCGGGAGUUGAUUCAAAGUUCGGCCAUCAAUUUCCUGACCCCUUUCAGGAACUUUCUGGAGGGGGACUUCAAAACGAUCCUGAAAGAACGGAAGUUGCUGCAGGUCAAGCGCUUGGAUCUGGACGCGGCCAAAACGAGGCUGAAGAAGGCCCGCAUGACUGACGCGAGAGCUGCGGCAGAACAGGAGCUGAGGAUGACUCAGAGUGAAUUCGACCGGCAGGCUGAGAUCACCCGACUGCUGCUGGAAGGCGUCAGCAGCACCCAUGCACACCACCUACGCUGCUUGAAUGACUUUGUGGAGGCUCAGACCACGUACUACGCACAAUGUUACCAGUACAUGGUGGAUCUACAGAAGCAGCUGGGCAGUUUUCCUUCAUCGUUCUCCAACAACAACCAGUCGUCUGUGUCAGACGGGGCCAGCAUCUCAGUGCCCACCCUAGCGGUGUCGGCCUCCCUGCCCAGCCCGUCAAGCCGCGGGGGCUCGGCCACGUCAGGCGGCUUCAGCGAAAUGCGAAGCUCCAGCGGCAGCCGCAAAGCGAGAGUCCUGUACGACUACGACGCCGCGAGCAGCAGUGAACUUUCCCUGCUGGCUGAUGAGGUGAUCACAGUCAGUAGCGUCCCAGGCAUGGAUUCAGACUGGCUGAUGGGGGAGCGAGCCAACCAAAAGGGUAAAGUGCCAAUCACCUACCUGGAGCUACUUAACUGAACCCCACAGAUAACACCUCCCAGGUGUGAUCUCAUGUCAUCGCUUUCUCUUAUGAUACAGUCCUGUCAGUUUGAACAAGGUUGGAUUCGAUGCAUUUGAUGGACUGGAGAGGUUGCAACCGCCUUACAUUUCCCAAACAUGCUUUACCUUUUUGUAUUUUUGAUGUGACGUGCCAGAACAUCUCCCAUACUUUUUCCAGUAUGUUUGUUUUUGUUUACAUUGCCUUAUACACCUUAUAAGUUAAGUUUUUUUUUUCUGCUAGAAGAAAGUAUAUUGGUUUACUUUUUUCUGCAAUCCACUUCAUCUUAAAGUGCACAUUGAUGCUGAUUAUUUUAAGUUUUCUUGAUGUCUGAUUACUUUUUGGCACAAUGGAUAACCUAAGCAUUAAUAGGUUUUUACCACAGUUAUAAAAAAACUAAAACUUUUUGAUGACCGAGGAGGUAAGCACUUGAAGACAUUAAAUGACUAAAUUCACCAACAGUAUUACGAUGGUCAACUUUUAUUCCUUAUUUUGUAUGGAAUACUGUUAUUUUAUGUUUAAGUUAUUGCUAAUUGGAAAACCUCAAAUUUACAUAUUUGUCAACCAAAAGCUUCUUUAUAAGAAUAAGUUAUUACUGGGUGUGUUGUUGGCCAAUACUUAUAUCGGUAUAGAUAUCAUAUGACCUGUUUAUUGAAUUAGUCUACCCUGCAUCGCAGUUGCAUCCCAAUGUACAAAUAAAAAUGCUGUCUUUACAA